GUUGAGGUUGACGGUUGAUGGAGAAAGAAAAAUAAAAAAUAUUCAAGAAAAAUGGCCGGCCGGUUACAUUUUACAAAAAUAAAUACAUGAAUUGUUGAAAAUUCCAGUCUCCCGUUCCUAAUUUUAUAGUGAAAUUCGGUAUUUUUGUGGCUUCUUUGUGCAAUAAUCUAGAUUUUGGGAGUUUAGUUCACUCUAGCCACACCCAAUUAUCAAAAUCCCAUAAAUACUGGAUAGGAAAGCGGCCAUAAAACUGAUUAAAAAGUCAGUUAAAUUUUUGAAUUUGUUUUUAUUUUGACCCCAAAGGUCAUCAAACCUAAACAAAUGCAUAGUUCCCAAUCCAAUAGAAACUAUUAGAAACAACUUGAUAUUGUUAAUUAUGCCAAGAAAAGCUAGCCCAGCACCAAAUGAGCCUCCUAGAAAGAAAAAAUGCUCCAGCAGUCCGACUUCAAUCCAGGGUCAGCUGAAAAAAGGUGAAAUAAUCCUGGAUAACAGGGGCGAAAAAUGGAAAUUGGGCCAGGCUAUUGGUAUUGGAGGAUUCGGGGAGAUUUAUGAUGUUGUGGGUUGCGACCAGAAAGUCAAAGAUAAUGAGAAAUAUGUGGCUAAAAUUGAGAAACACAGUAAUGGGCCGUUGUUUGUUGAAAUUAAUUGUUAUCUGAGGAUGGGGAGACUUGAAAUGAUUGAACAAUGGAAGAAGGACAAGGAUCUCGAAUUUCUAGGCCUACCUCAUUUUGUAGCUUCAGGCUCUCACAUGUUAAACUCUGAAAAAUACCGUUUCCUAAUUAUACCCAAAUACCAUCGAGACUUGGAGGCCAUAUUAAAAGAGAAACAAAUAUUCAACCUAAAAACCGUUUUGGUCAUAGCCUCCAGAAUAAUGGACACUUUAGAGUAUAUCCAUAAUCGUGGAUAUAUUCAUUCAGACAUAAAGGCUUCAAAUAUAAUGUUGGCUCAGGACAAACCUGCACAGAGAAAGUCUUCGAGGUCAAAAACGGUUACUCAAAGGUUUCCGUCGAGGACUCAGACAAAACCCAAAUUGCCAAAACCUAACUUGAGGCCUUCAGCUGCAAAUAUAAACUACUUUGACGAUAUUCCAGGUCUCGAAGAAGCUCUAAAGGAACAUGAAAAUGGACCACUUAAAUCAGAUGUUCGCAAGCCCCAAGGCGAUUUACUGUACCUUCUAGACUACGGCUUAGCCUCUAAAUAUUUACUUUCCACUGGGGAGUAUCGUGAUUUUAACUGUGACCAGCGCAAAGCUCAUGCGGGGACAAUACUGUUUUGCUCCAGAGACGCCCAUAAAGGUAUUUCAUCGCAACGCUCUGACUUGGAAUCGUUGGCGUAUAAUAUGAUUUAUUGGUUGACGGGGACGCUACCAUGGGUUGAAGAUGUGCAAGAGCCCGAAUUAGUAGCAAAAAAGAAGAAUCGCUGUUUUACGGAUGUGAAGAAGUUUUUGCAGAUUUGCUUUGAGGAUUUUAGUUGUCCAAGAUUCAUGGUCGAGAUGUUUGAGUAUUUGAAUCAAUUGCAGCUCAAGGACACUCCAAACUAUGCCUUUUUCCAUCAGCUAUUCAAAAAAACUAUAAAAGAAUAUGGUUAUGUAGAUAAUGGGAAACUGGACUUUGAAAAUUUAGAAGGUUGGGGACAAAAACAAAAAGAACCCCUGAAAGGCAGUCGAAAGGAGAAUAAUAGAACUGUAUACAGAAUUCCUAGUUUGUUGUUGUACAGCCCAUUGAGACAAUUGAGUGCAAAUAUUUUAUUUAAAAGACCAAAACUACGUAACAAAAUUAAAGACAAACUAGCAAUGGACAGUAUGAUGAACUGGUCAAAGAUUCUCGUGCAGGACCCGGAGACUAUUAUGAAACAAGCCGCUACACGUAAAACCUCAGAGGAUGACAAGACUUUCAAUAUUCUGGAAUUCGAUUUGGAGAGUUUGAACCCCACUCCAGCUAUGAGGGAAGUUUUCAAUUGUGCAGCGGAACGGGUGGACAGAUCGCCAGCAUUUGUUGGUGGUGAUGAAUUAUGCUCCAUAGACAACAUAGAAGGCUAUACUUCAGAAAUGAUGCGAGUGCACAGAAUAAUGAUGGAACAAAAAGAAUUGGAGCUUGACAUGGCAAUUCAGGAAAAUACAUCAAAUAAAAGACGCACAAGAAAAAAGAAAAUCAACCAAUCACCUAGAGCUUCAUCUAGGAACUGCCGGAGUAAUGCACCCACGCAACAUGGGCUGAGAAAAGCUAAGGUCGCCCCAUUCAAGAGAACCUAUCGUCUAAGAGGUUAAAAUAUAAUAUGUAGUGUUAAAUAUAACUAUUUAAUAAGACUGGUUUUGUAUUCAUAAUUUAAUUGUAUUUUAUUUUUUUUUAGUAUUCUUUAUACAUAAGAAUCUCUAGCGACAGUUCAAAUAACAAUAAUGUCAUUUUCAUGUGUUUUGGCAAUUGAAAGUAGAUUGACACAUGCAUUUUUUUUACCCAACAUAAAGUGCGACAAGUGAGUAAACCUGUGUGAAAAGAAUGCGGGCAUAACCCUCCUGAUUGGUAUAGCAUAGGUUUUCGUCUUCCCCUCUGCUACUUCAUACGUUACCAAGGUUCACUCACUUGUCGCACUUUAUUUGGCCAAAUUGGAGUCAAUUCUGAUUCAACCGGAACACCUCUCUAUAGUUAUAGCUUCAUGGAACAUUCACAAAAGUUGAAGUGUUUUUGACACAAAAGACAGCCUAAUAUAAAAAAAUUCUAUUGUCUCUUUCUCUUUAUAUUUGUGAGAAAUUCUAGAUUUUGUGUAAUCUGAAGGAGUGCGUAUAUUUAGUCCUACGAAUAAAAAUCACAAACUGGCUAUCAAACCAGUUUGAUUUUGCAAAAGUAUGUAUGUGCAAGUAUUAAUCUACGUAAUUAUGUGAGGAGAAAAUACUUUUUAUUUUGUAGAUGCAAAUUUUCCUUAGAGAGUAGAAUAAUGCGUAUUUUGUUUUGGCAGGUUAUGGCUGUGGCAAUUCUUUGAUGGUAGAGUAAAAAUUUGUUGUUUUCUAUUGAGGUCUAAAAAUUAUAAUUGUGAUUCCUAAAUAUGUACGCCUAAGGGGGGAUAUAAGGCAAGCGAUACACUCCCUGAUGGAAAUUUUGUGAACUUCAUUGUUAUACAUUGGCGAUUUGUAUGCAUGUUGAACUCAGCGAUCAGUUGAUUUAUCGGUAUUUUUGUUGAAACCCAUUGUUUGUUAAUCUAUGCUUUAUUUAAGUUUUUAUUUGUUCCUUGUUAUACACUGAAAUUGAAUUAUCACUUAUUGUUGUGUUCCACGAUGCCAAUCCUGAUCUUAAUACAAUAAAAGCACCGAUUUGCUCUGGAAAAUGUCCAGAAAGUGUGGCAUUGCCUGUUUGUUCAAAGCAGCCUCUUCCUAAAGUCAAAAUGAGUAUUAAUUAAAUUAAAAAUUUGGGAUGAAUCACUGUUUUCAUAAGAAAAGAGAUUGGUUUGAGUAGUUUUUCAGGGUUAAGUAUUUUCCAAAUUAUCGACAGUUUUGUAGAAACGAGAAAAGUAUUAAUAUACCUACAAUAAUGAUACAAGAACACAAUAGCUGCAACUUGAAAAUUGAAGUUAUGCACCAAUAUUUAACAAUGUAGUUCAAGUAGUGGCUGCCGCAGCGCUGCGAUCUUGAUUUAAUUUCCCAAUAGAUAACAAAAAAUAUGUACUUUAUACAUAUAUCUUUUUUCUAAUAAAAUUUAAAUGUAUGAUUUUAAUAUGAUCAGUUUACGGUAAUUUUAUAGUUGAUGUCCAACUGACUGGUAAAGUGAACUUAAACGCCCGCCAAUUAAUUUAUCAGCGACUAUUCAAUAACACAUUUAUUAUGGAUUUAAAUUCAUUUCAAUAUUUGCACUAGCAUUUAUUGAAUCAAAAAAUUGUUGUUUUUGAUAUAGGUACCUACUACAUAUUUCUUUAGGUAAUUGCAUUACUAUUGAGUUAAGAAAACUAAAUAUAAUUUUUUCAAAAUAAAUUACCUUUAAUUUUUGGUUUGGUAGUAUGUAGGUACAGGGUAAAAAAAAAAAAUUGAAUCGGUUAAAAAAUAAAAAUUUUAGUGCUACAACUUUUGUAUUUACACCUUUCACCUAGCACCUGUAAUUACAGCUGCAGGUGGUCAAAAUAUAGUGACUCACCCUGUACCUACUGUACCUAUGUGAUUUAUUCCUGGAUUUGUCUGAGUUCAAAAAUAGUUUAUGUUAAGUACUGAGUCUGGGAAUUACUGAAACUUUUCCUAGACUCACUUUAUGAUAAAGUCAAGAAAAUUAUGGAUAAUUUCCUAUUAUUUUUUAUCUACAUAGUGAUAUAGUAAUAAAUUUAUUGUUAAUUUUUUUAAUUUUUAAGCCUUUGGCUUGCUUAGUUAGUGGACCAUCUGUCAAAAAUAUGUAUUUUUCUUCCUAAGUAAUAGUAUAUCAUGUAAAGAGUCUGGAAAGAACUAACACUUUUGGAUGAGUAGACAGAUGCUAGGGCAAGGUGUAGCUGGGUCCAGAGUGCAGGAAGGCUGAUGAAAUACUUUCCAGGCAUUUUACGUUUACUAUUUUCAAGCAACA